CAAGGAUCUGGUCGGUUGACGCCAUGGCCACGCCUCAGGCCGUCACCGCCGUGAUCAGGGCAGCGCGACCAGACUUCAAGUCCAGAGCCGACAAGUUGGUCUUCGCAGUACAUGCUAUCAUCUCUGUCAACGGGUUCAGCCUUCGCAAGGUCGGGGAGGGUGUCGACGAGGCGGCUGCGAGAGGCGCUGCCUCGCUUCCCUCCGAGGAGGCCGACCUCGCCGGCUGGAACCCGCAGGGGCAACAAGACGGCGACCCCUACUCCUUCCUCUACACGCCCGAGCCUGCCACCCUGCCACCCCAAGUACAGCAGCAGCAGCAGCAACAGGUGCCGCCACCGCCGCCGCUGUUGUUGCUCAAGUGCCUGCGUCUGGAAAGCGGUAUCGGAGCCACGGCUGAUGUAGGUACGGCAACCCCAGCAGCAGCAGCAGCAGCCGCAGGCGGAGAGGUGCUGCUGGUAAGUCUGCUGGCUGCAGACAACUCAGCCUCCUCCACCUCCACCUCCUCAGCCUCAGCCUCCUCCGCCUCCCCCACCGCCCCCAGCAGCAGCAGCGGGCCGCCAGUGACCUUGGAGCUGCCGCUGGACAGGUACGUGCCCGCCUCCCCUGACCCCGCCGCUGCUGCCCCCGCUGCUGCCGCCCCCGCUGCCGGUGGCUACCAGCACCUUGAAGAGCUGAUCGGGCGGGUGCAGGGGGCGCUGGGGGAGGUGAUGGGGGUGCAGGGUGGAGCCAAAACAGGCAACAACACCAACAACAACAACAUUCGCGGCGCUGCCACUACUGCCACUGCCACUGCCACCGGGGCAGCCGCGGGUCGCAGCGGGCCGCAGCAGGGGCGGGAGGAUCCGCUGCGGCUGCCGACCCGUGGGUCACCCCCACCCCCCAUGUGGGGUCCACAGCCGGUUCCCUUUCCUGUGGGCGGCAUUGGCGACGGCGAUCUGAUGCCGGGCGGUGGCGGUGGUGGCGGCUUUCCCGGAGGUCUGGGCGGGGGGAUGAUGGGGGUGCCGCACCCUGCCUUCCCCGGCCCGAGGGGUGCGGGCGGCGGCAUGCACGUAGGGCCGGAGAACCCCAUCUUUGCAGGCCGCCUGCGUCACCCGCCCCCCGGUGGCCCCGGCGGCGGGUUGGGUUCCGGCGGUGGGGGCGGGGGCGGUGUGCCGGGCAUGCGGUGGGAUCCCAUCAGCCCCGAGGGACUGCAGGGCUGGGGGCCGGACGACUUCACAGCGGAAGGAAGGUUGGGCCGCAGUGAGGGGUUGAAUGACAUCGGGCGGCCGCCCCCGGGCCGUGGACCCGACUGGGACAACAUGUUUGGAUAGCGG